AGUUUAAAUAAAAUUUCUGUAGAGAUCGAGCUAACAAUAAAAUUUUUCACAGUUUUAGAAUAAAAAGAGAAAUAUAAUGUCAAGUUUGACCAACCAAUAAAGUUGAAUAAAUCAUGAUAUCCGCUCUAGUUUCUCGUUUUGUGAUAUUAGUUUUUGGAACUUUAUACCCUGCAUAUGCUUCUUAUAAGGCAAUUAAAACGAGAAAUACUAAAGAAUAUUUAAAAUGGAUGAUGUACUGGGUUAUAUUCGCAUUAUUUACGUGUGCCGAAACUGUGGCUGAUUUAUUCGUAUGCUGGCUUCCUUUCUACUACGAAUUGAAGAUUGUAUUUAUAAUUUGGUUGUUAUCUCCAGCAACUCAAGGCUCAAAAAUUAUAUAUAAGAAAAUUGUUCAUCGGCAAUUAGCUAAACAUGAAGAAGAGAUCGAUACAUAUAUCGAACAAGCCUCAGAUAAAGGCUACUCUGCACUGUUAGAGAUUGGUUCCAGAGGCUUAAGCUAUGCCACAAAUGUCGUACUCACUACAGCAAUGAAGGGUCAAACAGCAGUUGCUGAUCAUUUGAGGCGAAGCUACAGUUUGAACGACGUCGGUUCAAAUCAGCUGUUUGAAGGACCUUCUCCAACUGACUCAGAAAUUGUAAUUGAAAGAAAGCAGAAGAAAGAACGUACAAAAAAACAAUCGGCAAAAGCCAGCUCUGACCUCUCAUCUGUUGAUGAAGAGGACGAUGACGAUUCAAAAAUUUCUUCAUCAAAACGUCAGGUAUGAAUAUACGAAUUGCUAAUAAUUUUUUAAAAUUUCCGCCAAUGAACGAGUUUCAAGAAACUUUCCUGCGUGUAACGCCAUCUUUUGACAGCUUCAGAACACAUACUCUCUCGAGGAGAAAAUUUGUAACGCAACUGGCGAUUCCAAUGUGAAACAGCGCUGGAAACGGCGAUCAGGCGAUGAUUAAAAAACAUCGAUUCUCGCGUGUACUUAAUGCUUCAUUUUCUAAAAUACUAACAGCAUGUUUCAGAGACUUGAUUGGUUUUUUUUUCAGCUUGAUGCUUAUGGAACGUUACCUAGAACCCGUCGUUCUGCCCGAUCAACCAAAAAGAGUUGAUAACAAAUUUUUUUUAACUUCUAUGACUAAUGACCAUAAUGUUUUUCAUUACAUACUGUAUGGAUAUUUCUCACUAUACAAAAAUUUUAUGUUAUUAUUUUCUUUACACUCUCUGCAUGAUUAUUAAAUUGGAUAUUGGUAUGCGUGUGUGUAAAUGUAUAAAUAAAAGCGUUUUAUCGCUUUUAUGUUUAAAAAAUUUACUUAAAUAAAAUUAUUUGUGCGGUGUUAGAUGGCAGCACCUGUUAAACC